CGUUAUCACAAUUACUAACUGAACGAGUUGCGUUUACUUACUUGUUACUGUGUUAUAAUGCUCAAGCCGGUGUUUACAUCUGGCAUGUAGCAGCGUUUUUCCAAGUAAAAUACCCAUCGGAGUCUGAUCUUAAUAAUUAUUGUCAACGUUAAAAUUCAUUUUCAACAAAAAUUGUCAUUUCCGCUAGCCGAGCUAUGCUAUAAAAAAAACGUACGUCAUACGAAAUGGCAAAUCGCACUGUAAAGGACGCAAAAACAAUCCACGGAACCAAUCCGCAGUACUUGAUCGAAAAGAUCAUUCGGUCUCGGAUUUACGACAACAAAUUCUGGAAAGAAGAAUGCUUUGCGCUGUCCGCCGAACUGUUGGUCGACAAGGCUAUGCAGAUCCGUUUCAUCGGAGGCGUUUUCGGGGGAAACAUCAAACCGACUCCGUUUCUGUGUUUGACUCUGAAAAUGUUACAAAUACAACCCGAGAAGGACAUUAUUGUGGAAUUCAUCAAAAACGAAGAGUUCAAGUACGUGCGCGCUUUGGGAGCGUACUACAUGCGUCUGACCGGAUCGUCGGUGGACUGUUACAAAUACUUGGAACCUCUGCUCGCCGACAGUCGUAAACUGAGACAGCAAAAUCGAACGGGCCAAUUCGAACUCGUCUACAUGGACGAGUUUAUCGACUCGUUGUUACGAGAAGAACGUGUGUGCGACGUCAUUCUGCCGCGUAUACAAAGUAGGCACGUGUUGGAAGAAAAUAACGAAUUGGAACCCAAGGUGUCCAUUCUAGAGGAAGAUAUUGAAGAAGGAGUUGAAUCGUCCGAAGACGAAGAACCAGUCGACAAGAAGAGAGAAAAAGACCACAGAGACAAACGUUCUCCGGCCAGAGAAAAACGAAGAGAUCGCGACCGCGACAAAAGAAAUAAGAAUCGAGACAGAGACAGGGAUAGAGACCGUGAACGCAGAGAUCGUGGGGACCGUGACAGGAGGGACAGAGAUCGUCACAGAAGAAGUAGGAGCCAUGACCGUGAUCGGUCAAGAAGACACCGAUCUAGAUCACCUUAUAGGAAGUAAUAAGUAUAUACUUUUUUUUUUUUUUUUACGUGUAUUUACAAUUUUUUUUCAAGACAAUAAACAAUUAAAUC